AUGAUCAUUCCCGUUAGAUGCUUCUCAUGUGGUAAAGUCAUUGGUAAUCUCUGGGAUAGUUAUUUAGAGUUAUUGGCAGCGGGUGUAGACGAAGGUGAUGCGUUAGAUAGACUUCAAUUGAAACGAUAUUGUUGUCGAAGAAUGGUCCUUACACACGUUGACUUGAUUGAGAAGCUUUUGAUGUACAAUCGUUCGUCCUUUUCCUUAUCUCUCCUCAUUCCCCGCAGAAUGGGCCUGCUGAUGGAAUCUGCUUACCAAUAG